AUGGAACUUGGUAAAGAAGCAAGUGGACCUAUAGAAGUAGACAAGCCAACUGACAGUCCAUCUAUUGUUCUACAAUCUAAACAUUUGGAAACCAAUAAUCUUUUAAGCCAAGAAGAACAUUUUAUUGGAUUUGAUAUUGAUGAUAGGCUUUCGAAAACAUUGCAAAAAAAGAUACGAUUAUUAAAAAUGGAACUUGGUAAAGAAGCAAGUGGACCAAUAGAAGUAGACGAGCCAACUGACAGUCCAUCCAUUAUUCAUAAUAAUCAUGUUAAUAAAAAGAAACAAUCUAAAUCAAGUAUAUCAACACCAAGAUCUAAUGAUACAAAGAAGAAUCGGAGUAAUAAGAGGCAUAAGAAUAACAACAAACGCAGUGAAACCUUAAAAUCUUUGGAAUUAUAUAUUCCUUCUUCUUCAGAACUUACUACUCCUAAAUUUAAUGUGUAUUCUACUAACACUAGAAUACUCCGUAGUGCUGGCAGAACAGUUAAUUAUAAUAUCAAAGAUGCCAUUUUUAAAGUCCCAUUUGAGCAUGGAUGGAAACGUGAAUUAAUAUACAGAACAUCAGGAAAAUCUGCUGUUGUUACUCGUGCCAAUAGAAAUGGUGAUGUAUACUAUUAUUCUCCAAAUGGCCAGAAACUACGAUCAUUACGAGAAAUUCAGGAACAAUUGGAUAUUUCAUCUGAUAAACCUUCUCUUACGAUCAACUGUUUUACAUUUUUAAAACAACCAAUUGGCAUGAAUGAUAGAUCAAAAGAACUGAUCAAAGAUGCAGAUUUAAAAUCAUUUAAGGAUGACACUACUGUUGGUGUUGCUGUUCAACCUAAAAAAUCUAAAACACCUAAACAGCGCCCACCAUCUAAUUGUGAAUUGACAGGUGAUGGAAACGAAAAUUCUGCUAGUAAAAUGAGACUUGUUUCUAAAAAAGCGAAGACUUCCUCAAGAUCAAGAUCCAAAAAAGAACUUAAUACUCCUAAAUUAAAUAUUGCAUAUAUCACUCCUCCUAAAACAAAAGAAGUCCAUUGUCUAGUAACAGAUAUUAAUUCUCUUAUUCCCGGAUCUAUUUUUAAACUUCCAUUUAAGCAUGGUAAGUAA